UAAACAAUAUUGAAAGGUGAGAGGCCUCGGCUGCCCUUUCCGAGUCGGCCAUCUUCCCAGGCGGGCCUUGACAUAAACACGCGUCAAAAUGGUGCGAGUGAAUGCCCUUGCAGAUGCUCUUAGAAGCAUAAACAAUGCUGAGAAGCGUGGAAAGAGACAGGUUCUCAUCAGACCCUGCUCUAAGGUCGUAGUCAAGUUUCUGACGGUGAUGAUGAGGCAUGGUUACAUUGGAGAAUUCGAGAUUGUUGAUGACCACAGGGCUGGCAAGAUUGUAGUAAACCUCACUGGUCGUCUUAUUAAGUGUGGUGUCAUCUCUCCACGUUUUGAUGUAACCAUCAAUUCCAUUGAGAAGUGGACCAACAAUUUGCUUCCAUCUCGUCAGUUUGGCUACAUUGUCUUGACAACUUCUGGCGGAGUUAUGGAUCACGAAGAAGCCAAGAGGAAGCAUCUUGGAGGAAAGAUCCUGGGAUUCUUCUUCUAAAUAAAUUUAUGAAAGAA